AUGCCACCUCCUACCGACUUCUUCUCCUCGCUUCGACCCAAAUCUAGAUCCCGUCGUCAGGGCAAGGGCUCCGGGUUACUCAAGACUAGUGGGACGGCAUAUACGUUGAAUAACUGGGUGGAUCUGGACCAUAACGGGAAUGCAAGCCAUAUCAACAUCAACGAUACCCAGGAUAUGUCAAGUCAUCAUGACCAAGAGCGGUAUAAUGCUGUACAUAUGAAUGAUGAGAAUGUCGAUCCUCGGACUGGAAGUAGAAGAUCAAGUGGGAGUAAGUUGAAGAGGAGGAGUAUGAUGCUACUUAGAAUGGUCGAGAGGAAGACUUCCUCGUAUAGGAAUAAAGAGGAAGAAAGGGGCGAGUUGAAGAGAUCUAUCAGACAUCCUACGAUGGAUGGCACUGAUUUAUAUGAAGGUAGUAUGGCUGGACCUUCCAAGUCGACAUCAUCCUCAACUCCACCUCAUACACCCCUCACCACCCCCUCUCUUCCUUCCGACCUCUAUCAUCCCUAUCAUUCUCAAACACAUCGCACGCCAAAUCACGCAGAAUACCCAGGAUGGAUCGGCGACUCCGACUCAUCGGGUAACCGCACGACUCUGAAACCCCAUCGAUCGAAAGUACCGUAUAAUACCCCUGAAGACAGUCCGUUAGGCAUAUUCGAUGUGAAUAGGAAUAUUCACUUGAACCAUACAAGCUCACCAGGAAAGACGCAUAAUGGGCGGAAGGGGAAGAUGACGUAUGAGGAGCUGUUGGAUAUGCCAUUACCUUUACCAAAUGGUGAACCUAGUAGAUAUCAUCACUCACAACCAUGGCAUCUUCAUGAUUACGAAGAAUCACAAAAUUCGGUAUAUCACCAACGGAGCAAUUCUGCCAAUCAUCAAGAAGAUUUGGGCGGCGGGAUUACGAACCUUGACAAUUUGGUGCUACAAGAUCAGGAAGACCCAUCUGCACAAACGAUAUUCGAAUCUUCCUCUGCACUAGAGGCACUAUGGGAAUACGGUUCAUCAACUUCUUCAUGCUCUUCACUGGCAAUGGCGAAAUCGACUCAAGGCCUGGAUCUGGAAGUAGAGUUGGAUUUAGAUAUAGACGCGGAGGAAUAUCCAUUACCUCCCGGUAUGGGAUUAUUGAACUUGCCUACCGAAAUGUCAUUAUCGAAAGUGGACAUACCACCUCAACAUCCUAAGACUACAGCCAGAUCCCUAAAGUCUUCACGAAGAUCGAAUCUCAAUAUCAAUAACGAUUUACCUUCACCUUUGAGUGAUACUUUGUCCUUCGAAGAAGAAGAAGAAGAGGAAGAACCAGAGAUCAAAGCAGCUAUCAAAUAUAAGAUUCCCCUAAAAUGUCAGAGAGAGAAAGAUGAAAUACGUUCAAAUCCUGGUACUGAAGAUGCAGUUUAG